GCCAAGACGCGGGUGCGGGGCCUGAGAGAAGCUCGAGACUCGGGCGGCCCCGUGACGGGAGGGCGGGGUCUGAGUGCGUGCGAGGGGGUGCAACAACGACGCAGGGACGGGGUCUGAGAGAAGCCAGCGAGAGGGUCGUCAUGGACGAGGCCGACCGGCAGGUGCUGCGGCGGUACCGGGUGCGCCUGGUGGGCGAGCUGCAGGUCGCCCCGCUCUGGGAUGCUCUGCUGAGUCGGGAGCUUUUCACGCGCGACAUGAUCGAGGACAUUCAGCGGGCAGGCUCUGGGUCUCGGCGGGAUCAGGCCAGGCAGCUGGUCACAGACCUUGAGACCCGAGGGAAGCAGGCCCUUCCUUUGUUCAUCUCCUGCUUAGAAGACACUGGCCAAGACACACUGGCUUCAUUCUUGAGAGUUAGUCGGCAAGCAGUGAAGCAAGACCCAGAAGCCUUCAGACCUCUAGACCUGGAACCUGUGGUCCUGGGACAAAUGGGCCUCCAACCAAAGGAGCUGGGAGUACCAAAGCUGGGUCCACCGCAGCCUUCCCCUGGAAACCUCACCGCAGUGCUGCUGGGGCCAGAAGCACUCUGCCCUGCUCAGCUCAGGCCAGAGGUUCUCAAACCAGAAACACCCAAGCCAGUGGACAUUGGUUCUGGCAGAGCCCGUGAUGUCUGUGCUCCAGAGAGGCUGAGGGGAAAUGCAGAUUUGGCAUACGUCAUGGAUGCAGACCCCUGCGGCCACUGCCUUAUCAUCAACAACGUGAACUUCCACCCUGCCUCAGGGCUCAGCACGCGCACUGGCUCCAAUGUGGACUGUGAGAAGCUACAGCUCCGUUUCUACCGGCUGCAUUUCAUGGUUGAAGUGAAGUGUGACCUGACCACCAAGGAAAUGGUUGCAGUCCUGGUGGAGAUGGCGCAGCAGGAUCACCAUGCCCUGGACUGCUUCGCGGUGGUCAUCCUCUCGCAUGGCUGUCAGGCCAGCCACCUUCAGUUCCCAGGUGCUGUCUAUGGCACAGAUGGGUGCUCUGUGUCCAUUGAGAGAAUUGUGAACAUCUUCAGUGGGACCAGCUGUCCCAGUCUGGGCGGGAAGCCCAAACUCUUCUUCAUCCAGGCCUGCGGUGGGGAACAGAAAGACUAUGGCUUUGAGGUAACCCAUACUUCCUCUAAAGGAAGGACCUUCAGUAGUGACUCUGAGCCGGAUGCUGUCCCGUUCCAGAACGACCUGAGGACCUUUGACCAGCUGGAUGCAGUAUCAAGUUUACCCACUCCCAGUGACAUCCUUGUGUCCUAUUCUACCUUCCCAGGCUUUGUCUCUUGGAGGGACAAGAAGAGCGGCUCCUGGUAUAUCGAGACCUUGGACAGAGUCCUUGAGCAGUGGGCUGACUCUGAAGACCUACAGUCCCUCCUGCUCAGGGUCGCUAAUGCUGUUUCUGAGAAGGGGAUUUACAAACAAAUUCCUGGCUGCUUUAACUUUCUCCGGAAAAAACUUUUUUUUAAAACUUCAUGAAGCCAGGGGCCACUCACUGCCUCAUUGAUCUCCGCCAGCCCUUCCUGCUCCAGGCCUGGAGUGGUUGAGGCCAGGACUGCCCUACAAAGCAAGGAGUUUGUAGCCCAAGCAGGCUGCUCUUUCUCAUCCAUGACAGACAGGCUACCAGCAGCUUCUAGGCUGGAGAGAGAUGUAGAACGGCAGGAGAGGAACAGAGUGCUGUGGAUGCUGCCUGGCCUCUUCAGCUGUAGCUAAGGACUCUGGCCUCUGACCCCCAGGUUCUCUCUAAAACAGGGCUUCUCCACCUCCCCACUGCUGAUGUGUGGGGCUAGAUAACCUGUGAAGCUGUCCUGUGUGUUGUAGAGUAUCUUGAGCCAUUCUUGGCCUCUACCCACCAGGAGUGCCCCUCCCAAGUUGUGCCAACCAGAAAUGUCUUCAGAUAUUGUCACAUGUGCCCAGGGGGACAUAAUGGCCCCACUUGAGAACCAUCUCUCCACAGGAGUUUGUGGUUUCAGACAAGCCACAUCUCUCCCAGACUCACGAGCUUAGCCGGCCGAGUCUGAACACCUGAAUCUGAGAGUCUUCAAAGUUUCUAGAACGUUCAUUUAUUCUUAAAAAAAUAAAUCUUAGGGAAAUAUUGACCUUAUUAGCCUAGUCUCUCCUACCCCCACCUCACUUAGCUCCAGCCCUUUAUUCUUCCCUAGGAAGGAGACUUGCUUUUCUUCUGUGUCUCCCCCUGCCUUAUUAGAUACCCACCCCAGGCCAGGAUGUGACUGGGAUGGGAACCAGGAGUCUGAGAGGUCAAGUUUCUUUUCAAAAGGAUCACCAUUUCCUGUUAGUAGAGAUUCAUGGACAGAGCUUGGCUCUUCUGAGUCCCAACCUCGGCCUCCCAGUAUCUUCCUUAUUGAGUGAACCUCGCCCCCAGAUGGCAGUGACUGUGCUGGGCCACAGUGAACUGGUGGCCUUUCCCCAAAGGCCCUGUCCCUGAGGUCUAUAAAGCUGUCCUGAAUUAUUUUCUUUUUUCUAGUUUCAGUAUUGUUUUCUCCUUUAUGAAUCCAUUUGAGCUUAGAUGAUAGAGAUGUGAAGUCUUGGCUGGUUUUGAGACAGGUUUUGACUUUAGCCCAGGCUGGCCUGGAACUCUCCAUCCUGCCGCCUCCUGAGUGCUGAGAUUACAGCUGUGCACCACUUCUUCAGGUUACCCCCCCGCUUCUUGUUUUGGGGGCACUGGAGGUUAGGGUGUUUUGUUAGUAAGACUCACACCAAGAUUUGAUUCAUAAGCCAGGCAUGGUGGCACACGCCUUUAAUCCCAGCACUUGGGAGGCAGAGGCAGACCGAUCUCUGUGAGUUCGAGGCCAGCCUGGUCUACAUAGUGAGUUCCAGAGCAGCUGGGGCUACAGGGAGACCCUGUCUCAAAAAGACCAAAAAAGAAAAAGCCACCAAAAUCAGAUUUGAUUUGAGUCAUAUAUUCACUUUACUAUUUUUUUUCUGUGACAUUUCCAAGGUACCACUUCCAGGGAGGUGUUCUUGGUUAGUUAUUUGCUAUCACCUGCGGGACACAAAGGGGAAGAUGAGCAGGUUAACUCUCAGAGCCACAUUGGGCCCGUGCAUCUUUGUCUUCCUCACCAACACAUAGCUUUUACAUACUGAGUUCUGAUGAUGCAUUAGGAGAAAAAGGGUCUUCCUGUAAUGAGGCUUCUUAGCCUAGAGUCCUUUUUGGGUUUCAGGCUAGGAGGCCUGUGAGCCUCUAAAAAUGACAUGCCAAAUGUACACAUGGGUGUGGCUCUCGAUGCAAUUUGAUUUUCCAAACUGCUGUUUGAGGCUCUGGUCAUAGUGAACCAAGAGGAAGUCUUUUGCUUUCAAAGGUCAGUUAGCAGAAUCAAAAACUUUUUUGGGGUGUGUUUGAUUUUGGUGCUGGAGGUCUCACACACUAAGCACAUGCUCUGCCACUCAGCUUUUCCAGCCCCUAAGCAUUUUUUUUUUUCUUCUUGAGACAGGAUCUCACAUAGCCCAGCCUCAAAGUCACUACAUAGCCAAGAAGAAUGACCUUGAAUUCUUGAUUCUUCUGCCUUUACUUCCUGAGCACUGAGACUAAAGGCCUGUGCCAAGCCUGGCUUUUUUUUUUUUUUUUCUCCUAUGCACAUAAAGCCCAGAAGAGCACACAGUUACUUCUCAAUGUUGAUUACCUCUGCAGAGUAGAAAUGGAUAUAUAAAAGAGGGAAUCUUCUACUUUUUUACUUGCUACACUCCUCUAUUCUUUUAAAAUAUUUUUAUAAAGAAAUGUCUUCCUUUCUGAACAAAACAAUAAAGCUGUGAUCGCUGAAGGCUGA